AUGGCAUUGGACACCACCGCAGUCGAAGUGGGAAGCUCUCGUGGAGACAUCGACACUUCCUUGAACUAUUACCUUGAUCCAGCGCUAGGAGGCCACUCAUCAUUCGAAGCAGGAACGGCGGGCUACUUCCGCCGCAAAUUCGACGAGAGGCCGGUCCGAAUCCACGACAUUCGAGGUCACUCUGAUGACUUUGACGUCAGCAAACAAGGCUUCCAGCUUGUGAAGCACACCAGCGUAGAGAAGGAGUAUCUUUCCGACAAGGAAGUCAAACGCAUCGUCUAUCCCGAGGUCGAGAAGCUGUUGAAGAAAGUGACGGGAGCCACGCGGGUCCACGUCUUCUCCCACAUCACACGCCGCGACUCUCGCGACAAACUCGAGCUGGACCUCCAGAAGAACAGCGCGAUUCAAAACGGGGCGAAAGUCACCCAGGUCACCCCGGCCCACUACAUCCACAUCGACCAAUCCACCGACGGCGCCCUGGAAGUCCUGUGCGACAACAUGCCGGCCGCGGAAGUCGACCAGCUCGUCAAGACGCGCUGGUCCAUCAUCAACGUCUGGCGGCCGAUCAACGGGCCCGUCAUCAAAGACCCUCUCGCCGUCUGCGACGCCCGCACCGUCCGCGACGACGAACUCAUUCCCGUGACGGCGAACCUGCCCGCCAAGGGCACCGGGAUGAAGUACUCGACCAUCACGGCCGGCAAAAGGUUCGAGUUGUUCUACGCAAAGUACAAUCCGGAACACCAGUGGUACUACGCCAGUGGAAUGACGUCGGACGAGGUCCUGCUGAUCAAGUGCUUCGACUCGAUUAGCGACGGGGAGACGGCGAGGAGGGUACCACACUCGGCUUUUAUAGAUCCAAAGACCAAGGAUCUGGACUUGGUCAGGGAGAGCGUCGAGGUCCGGUCGUUGGUCUUCUACGAGGACCAGCCCAACGAGUGA